GCCUAUCACUUGAGGCUCAGUCUGGUACAAUUCACAACUACCUGCUGAGAAAUGGCACUUCGUUUUGCAAUCAGACUUCAACGCCAACUCUUCCCUCCUCAAUAUCGCGAAGUAAAAGCAAACUCGUCCCUUCAAAUACUUUACGCACGUCAUGUUUGCAUGUUACCUGAUAGCCAUCUGCUGUUACAGAAGACUUGUAGAAGUUUCGCCAGUGAAUUUUUAUCACCUAGAGCGGCUUCCUAUGACAAGGACAAGAAAUGUCCUAAGGAGGCAGUUGUUCCCUCAUACGAGGUAGCUCAACACAUGAAGUAAACCUCCUUCUUCCGCACUUUGACCUAGCUUCUCAAACUCGGUGAGCUGGGUCUGAUGAAUAUGCUUGUACCUGAAAAAUUCGGUGGACCAGGACUGGAUUAUCUUGCCUAUGUGGUUGCGAUGGAAGAGAUCAGUCGAGGGUGCGCGUCUGUCGCAACCAUCAUGUCGGUUCAAAAUUCCCUUUUUCUCGUCCCUCUUAUUAAACACGGAUCUUCCAAGCAAAUUGAAGCCUUUCUUGGUCCUUUUAUGACUGGUGAAAAGCUCGGCUGUUUCGCCCUCUCUGAGCCUGGUAACGGCAGUGAUGCUGGUGCUGUGUCUACCAAUGCCACUCGUCAGGGUCAUGAUUGGCUUCUCAAUGGAACAAAGUGUUGGAUCACAAACGGGUUGGAAGCUGUAGCGGUUAUAGUAUUUGCAAGCACUAGUCGCCAGCUAAAGCAUAAAGGUAUCUCAGCUUUUCUACUGCGGAAACCCGUCGAUGGUUUGACUGUUGGGAAGCCAGAAGAAAAAUUGGGAAUUCGAGCCACGUCCACCGUGACCUUAACUUUCGAUGAUUGUCUUUUAACAAACGACGGCGUUCAUGGAUUGCUCGGGGCGGAAGGAGGGGGUUUUAAGAUUGCAAUGGAAGCAUUGGACGGUGGCCGGCUUGGAAUCGCUGGUCAAGCCCUUGGGAUAGCUCAGGCCGCGUUGGACUGUGCUGUGGAGUACGCAGGCAAGAGGACGGCCUUUGGGCAACCAAUCGGUAAGCUUCAAGCCAUCCAAUUCAAAUUGGCUGACAUGGAAACACGUCUGCAAUCUGCCCGCCUCCUCACUUGGCAUGCUGCAUCCUUACUUGAUAGUGGAGCUUCGGUCACCAAGGCGGCCGCAAUGGCUAAACUGGCUGCAUCGGAGACAGCCACUUUUGUUGCUCACCAGGCCAUGCAGAUUCUCGGUGGUAUGGGUUACGUGACGGCAAUGCCCGUGGAGCGACACUACCGUGAUGCACGCAUUUGUGAGAUUUACGAAGGCACCAGUGAGAUUCAAAGAGUGGUGAUCGCGCUUAAUCUAUUUAAAGAACACGGCGUAGCUCUGUGAUAGACCUAUUUUUUCCUGCACAUUGUUAUCCGAACAGUCUUUCUUGGCACUUUUGACCCUCGUUUUAAAACAUUGUUUCCGAAGACCUCUUUUUAUUGCUUUCUUGAUUCGUAUUCCGUUGUUUUUGUAUAAUUUAUCACUUUUCAUCAUUUGUAUCACUUUUAACACUACAUGAUUGCGAUGACCAUCGAAUAGAGUGUACUUUUCUUAUCUAGAGAACAUCAGGUCGGCAGUCA